AAGAAGAAGAAGAGGAAGAGGAGAAUAAACGGUCCCAGCGGUCUGACGCAAUUUGUAUCUAUGAACGCAUCGCCCUGUAAACUAAUGGUUAACUGUUACGGACUUUGGAUGCCGCUGUCUCUAAUAGGACCACGCCACCUAACAAAGUCGGUAUUUUAAAUGCCGUAAGCAGGACUUAAGAGAGGUCUUCUGCACCGGUCUUCCUGUUCAGAGCGUUUUUGUUUUGUUUUUUUUUAAAGGAAAUGACCCGACCAUAGUUAGCUUUCCCGGUGAUGAAUUACAACUGAAAACAAACGGUUUUGUGUAACGAAGGAUACGUAUUUAUAGACAUGGCAAGCGUUGCUGUAAAUAAGUUUGUAGAGAUUUGUAAUUAUCUCCAAGACCCCAUCCAUGUCGCCAGGUUUCAAAAUUUCUGCGGCGUUAAAGGGACAUUUCCGGAGAAGCGGACCCAGCCGGACAGCGGGCAGCCGGACCCGGACUGUCCGGGACUCAGGCAGAGGGUCCAGCAGAGCUCGGAUGAAGAUGUGGGGAACGGGGAUGCCGCCUUAGCUCAGGUUAACGGGAAGCAGGAGGAGGACGCGGCCAGGCCCGAUGGUCCAACAGCGGCAGAGACUGUCAGAGCGAAGCCCCUCCGGAGGAACUCAUUGACCGGGGAUGUGGGUCAGGAGUUCCUGAUCCACAACAAGUUCCUCUUCUACCUGUUCACCUUCGGGACAGAGCUUGGCAACGAGAUGUUCUUCAUCGUCUUCUUUCCCUUCCUCUUCUGGAACAUCGACGCACUGGUCAGCAGGAGGCUCAUCGUAGUCUGGGCCUGGAACCUGUUCGUGGGACAGUCUACCAAGGACAUGAUCCGCUGGUCCCGACCGGCCUCCCCUCCCGUGGUCAAAGUGGAGGUCUUCUACAACUCAGAGUACAGCAUGCCAUCCACGCACGCCAUGACGGGGACAGCCAUACCUUUCUGUCUUUUCAUGCUGACCUAUGGACGGUGGGAGUACACCUUCCUGUUUGGAUUCUCUGUGGCUCUCAGCUGGAGCCUCCUGGUCUGUGUUAGCCGAGUCUACAUGGGCAUGCACUCUGUUCUGGAAGUGAUCACUGGCUUCCUGUACAGCCUUCUGGUUCUCGCCUUCUUCCAGCCGACCUUGGAGAAGAUCGACAACUACUACAUGACUGACCACUACGCUCCUCUCGUCAUCAUCUUGUCACAUGUGAGCCUGGGACUCGUAGCUUUCUCUUUGGAUUCGUGGAGCACCUCUCGUGGCGACACCGCUCAGGCUCUCGGCACCGGGGCCGGCGCUGCCCUGGCUUCACAUGUGAACUACCAGCUGGGUCUGCUGCAGGAUCCUCCCCUGUCCUCACUGCCGCUAACUCUGCCGCCGAUCACCACGGGUCUGGUGUUACGCUCCGUGCUGCGCUUCGUCAUCGGCGUUGCCGUCCUCCUCGCCACCAGAAUGGCCAUGAAAGCAGUGACUAUCCCGUUCUUGUGCCGACUUUUCGGGCUGCCGUCGGACGACGUGAGGCAGGCGAGGCAGCAGAUGAAAGUAGAGCUGCCGUACCGUUACAUCGUCUACAGUGUUGUAGGUUUUAUUUGUGUCUGCUUUGUGCCUGUCCUCUUCUGGAUCUUAAACCUUGCCUAGGUUUUUCUGUUCAAACUGUUUGGACAUUUUGACGGACGAUACCAUUUGGGAACAUGCUGCUCGUUCAGGCAGAAUGCAAGUUGUUUCCGGAGCAACCGAAGCAUAGUUAAAGGAUGAAACUGAUAUUUGGGUAAAUAAAUCCAACCAGAAAACCACAAAAGGAUGUAAUUAUAUCAAGUGUUGUCUCAGCCAAAGAAAAUCUAAAAAAAAAAAAACACAGUAAACCCCAACAAUAAAUUAAAAAUAAAUCUUCCUUUUGUCCUAAGAAUCUAUAUUUAAAUACAUGUGGCCCACUGAAGCACUAGUUUAUUUUUUUAAAGAUGCGCAAUCUCUCUUUUUUUUUUUAGUUAGUGAUGCAUUUCUAAUUAAAAGGAGAAACCUGAUUUACCUUCAUCUAUGACAUUGACCUACAGAAACAAUGGCAAAUCCCAAUUCUGUUUUAUUUUUUAAAUAAUAAUUUUAAAGUAUAGAAGAAAUGUGUUUCAAGAUAUGUUUAUGUUUAUAUGUUUUUACUCAUAUCUUUUCUUUUAUCUUUCUUUUUAAAUUCACAUCUUUCACCAUUAUUAUUGACAAACAUCUCUCUCUCGUCUUUUCCAUUCUGCCGAAUAGCUAACUGACUUUUAUGCCAGUAAAUGCAGAGUGCACUGUAAGUGAAAGAAAGUGAAGUAUUCUGCACUAAAUCCAACCAGAUUUAGUGGUACUAGUAACUUCUACACUGUGUGUAGAAGCUUCUAUUUGUUUUUCCUAUUAAAAAUGGAAAAGAUAAGAGAACAUGUCCUAAAGUUACUAACUUUAAAAGUUACUAACUUUUAAAUAUCUGAGCAAAGAAAACAUUCAGUUUAAGACAAUAGUAAAAACAACUAUUGCUAUCUAUUAACAUGGUUAGCCUCUGUUUUAUUAUAUCAAAAACAAUAUCACGGUCUUUUAAAGAUUUCCAUAUUGUCAAGGGGUUUAGAUUUCAAACGGGCCUAUACAAAUACACUUUUCAAAUGUAUUAUAACUGUUUUGAGUUCACUGUUGAAGAUCCUUUUUCACAUUUCCAAAGGUUGUUAAAAUAUACAUCUGUAUUCUUUUAGAGAUCCAUAUUUUCAAAAUAAUUCAAACCACAGGAGAGAUUGUGGCAGGUCUAAUUUGCUACAGUGUUUUAAGUGAAUUUUAAAAGUAUUUAAGUGCUCAUGCAUCAGGGACCUUUAUUGGUUUUUGACUUCAAUGAUUUUUCUACUGAUUAUUUAGCCCAAAUAUAAGUACACUCAGAAAUAAUUAUUUGAAGAAAUAAACAUAUUUUUGAUAAAUUACCUGAAUUUUUGCUUUCGAAACAAGUAAUCUGUAAAAUUGUCUCUUAUUUAUUGUUUUGGUUUCCAAAGGCAUCUCAUUUGACAUUUAUAAACUGCAAUAUAUGACAACUUUGACUCUACUUUUGCCGUUGAUAUUACUGUUUGUAUUUUGUUGUAGAAUAGGUUAAUUCUGGUAUUAAAACCAAUAUAUUCCUUUUCGUAUAUAGAUGUUUUUCCAUCAUCGACUCUUUCUGUUUAUACCAGAACAAUGCACAUUAACCCGGAAACAAUGAAAUAAAAAUAAAUGUUUCUUUUGUUUGUU